UAUCAACGUUUACAACCAUUCGCUCCUUUGUUUGUAGGGUUUUAGGGUUUUUCAACUUUCCAUCGCUUUUCUGUAUCGAUCAGCCAAUUUGCUCUCAAGCUUCGAUUUCCAUGGACGCUUCAGCAUUAUCAAACCCUCAGUUACAACACAUGAUCAAUCAAGAAAAAGAAAGGGCAAUGGCGAAUGAGAUGAUUGCAAAGCUAACAAGUGCGUGUUGGGAUAAGUGCAUCACGGGUACUCCUGGAAGCAAGUUCAGUUCAAGUGAAUCGAGUUGCCUUUCAAACUGUGCUCAACGUUACAUGGAUAUGAGCAUCAUGAUUGUCAAACGUUUUCAGUCAAUGCACUAAUGGUAUAAGGUUAGGACACAAAUAUAAUGCGAUUAUUGAAAUUUUCAUAUAAGUAGCAAGUAACUUUCAUCCAUAAUUCAUACAUGAUGUGAUGAUGUUUUCUACUUUUUCGUUGAUGAGUAAACAAUUAGUUGAAAAUAUGUCAUGUAUUUCUUGCACUUCAAAUUGUUAUGAUUUUGUUUUCAUUACUUCAAACAGUGUGUUUUGAAUUUGCUUGUUUAA